UUGCCACCCACCACCCACGCACGAUAUCAACAUCGCAAAACAAAAACAACUGGAUGCAGGCGCAGUGAAAAUUUUCUGCUAAUCCUCGGAGCAUAGAGUGUAAAUCCGGUGUUAAUUAAAUUAAAAUUAAGUACCGAUACAGUUAGAGAGUGGCGAAACCACCUACAAACGCGAACCAUGGAAGCGGCAUCAUUAAACCGAUUACUAGGCGAAGAUCGCGCCCAGCUGGGGGCGGGUCUGGUUCAGUUCAACAAACAGCAUCAGCAGAUCUUCAAUUUUUCCCACCUCACAACCAGCGGACAGUGGGUUCUGCUGUGGAAUCGAUUUUUUGAGCUGCUGACGGAUCCAGAAAUGGGCCAUCGGGUGGACUGUCUGGUGGCGAUAAAGCUGCUGAGUCGGGAUAAGACGUAUCUGAAUGACACGGUCCGGGAAGAUCAGCUGGACUGUUUGCUCGGGUUGGCUGGGAUCGGGGAGUUAGGGGAUGGGCGGUUCUUGGCGGUGGGAGAAGAAGUGCAGGUUGAAGCGCUCAAGUGUUUGAGCAAUUUGAUAUUCCAGAGCAGCAAAUGCCAGGAGCUGUGUCUGAAGAAUGCUUCCACGGCGGGGAUCAUGAGGAGGAUCAAAACCUAUAAGGAUGGAAACGUUUGCUAUGAUAUUCGAUACUUCGACAUGAAGCUGCUGUUUCUGCUGACUGCCAUCAACUGUGAUAUUCGAGCCAAGGUCAGGGAGGAACAGCACGGAUUGGUAUAUCUGGUGGAAACUUUGGAUCUGUUCAUGGGACAGGCUGCCGAGGAGAAGGAGUUUAGCGACAAAGACGUUGAGCUGAUCAACGAGGUGUUGAAAGUUCUGUUCAAUCUAACCGUCCGUACACCACUCGACGCCAUCCCAGAGGAAGAGGAAGCCAAUCAGUUCCACCGGUUGGCCAUCGUUGUCCACGAUCUGUUCUUCUAUCGCACACUUAACAGGGACAAAAUCAUUUCGCUCCAGUCCAAUAUCGUCAAUUUGCUAACAAGCGUUCCCGUGAGCUGCUACGGUGAACUGCUCACUCCACUAAAUCCGGAUGACCGGGAUUCGAAAACCGUUGUACCCUUCGAGGGUAAAAACGUGUUCGUACUGCACGUGCUGGUGGAGUUCCUACGGAGAGUGUUCCAAAAGUCGGAGAAGAAAUCCGACCAGUACGAACUGUUGUCGCCUAUUCUGACGGUGUUGAUCAAGGCGAUCCGGGCAUCGGCUUUGCAUCGUCGGUACAUCCGGUCGGAAAUUCUACCACCCUUGAAGGAUGUUAAGGAUCGACCGGAAGUCGGAACGGAGUUACGGAAUUACCUGUGCUCGCUGUUGACGAGUCCAAUCACCCAGAUAGCCGAUCUGUCCGCGGAACUGUUGUUCGUCCUUUGCAAGGAGAACGUCGCCCGGAUGAUCAAGUACACCGGAUAUGGAAACGCAGCGGGGCUGUUUGCGAACCGGGGAUUGCUAGGUGGCCGUCAAGGCAACACGGAGCAGUAUUCGUCCGAUUCGGAGGACAGCGAUACGGAGGAGUACAAACAGAUCCAGCAUGCCAUCAAUCCGGUGCUGGGAUGUUACGAGCCGCCGAAACCCAAUCCCUUGGAGGGAAUGUCCGAGGAGCAGAAGGAGUACGAAGCGAUGCAGUUGGUGGCGCUGAUGGACAAACUUCAGCGACAGGGUAUCGUGCAGGCGUGCAAGAUCGGCGAGGAUGGGCGUCCGCAGCCGGUGGAGCACAUUAUGGAACUGCAGGAUGAAAUUCCCGAACAGCAGCGAGAUCAUAAGCGUAAGACGUAGAGAGGUGCAGACGUAUUUGAAGUUUCAGGUAGGUGUCAUUCGUCGUGUGGUUUCAGUAUUCAUCAUCGAGCGCAGUUUAGCCAAAUCUCAUCGCUUAACCAAUUCGUUUCCACUAUUUUUUACGUGUUAUCAUGUGCAGGAACAUAUGUUAGGCAUGUUGGCAGGUUUACCUGAACCUUUUCUCGUGAUUCCUUCAGAUUUUUCCAAAAUUUUCCCGAAGUUGCUCCUUGCGGAGUCUUACAUGAGUCCCUUCAGAGAAAUCUCUCUAGCUUUUCCGGGUAUUCUCUCAAUGAUUUUGUCAAUAUUUAAUUCAGUGACUUCCACAAGAGAUUUGCAUAAAAUUUCUCCCUGAAUUUAUCACGGAAUUUCUAUUAGAGUUAUUCCUGGGAUUUACCCAGUCGUUAUUUGUAGUAGUUCCCCAGAAUAAUGCUCUGAUUACUCAUAAGGUAUUCCGAAAAUAAUCCUGAGCUGAGAGAAACUUCAAGUAGCAUCCAGAGGAAAUUCCUUAGGGAAAAUCGCGGCAAAAGUGCUCUCACUUUUCACAAGGUAUUCCGAAAGUAAUUCUGAGAGAAACUUCAAUAAACAUGCAGAAAAAGAA